UUAUUGACGUUUAAUAAAAUCUCUAAAAAAGAUCUUGUUUAAAUACAAUGAUCCAAGUACUUAUUAAACAUUAUUAAAGAAUGUGUCAUAAAAGGAACUAUAUCCAAUAAAUACGCAUCCGAUUUAAUUUAUAGGUAGUUUUGUGGAAUGUACUUGUUAUUCACGUCUUUGAUUUAUGCGAGAGUCCAUCGAGGGUUCGGAAAUUAAUUCAAAAUUUCAUUGAUAACAGAGUUAUCAACAAUGGAUCUAGAUGAGAACUCACUUGAUAGCGAAUCGCUGCAAAGAGUCUCUGCUAGUGAAGAAGUGGAUGACGAGCAGACAACCUCAGAAGAUGAGCAAGACUUUGACAUCUCUUUAGCUGCCUCGCAUUCCUACAUGGGCGGAGGGCUCAGCUCGGUGCGAGGGCGCGUGGUCCUGGAGGCGGGCUGGGAGGGCCGCGUGCCGGUGGUGGCGCACCACGGCGCCGUGUUCCCGGGAGAGACCGUGCCCAUGCUCGUGUCCAACGCGCACGACGCCGCCAUCGUACAGAAAAUCAAGGACGACAAACUCUUCGGCUUGCUGUGCCCCGACGGCGACAACGGCGCGGCGGUGUCGGGGUACGGCGCGCUGUGCGAGGUGUACGAGGCGGCGCUGGGCGGGGCCGCCGAGCCCGCCGCGCUCAGCUUCAAGGCGCGCGCCACGCACCGCUUCCGCUUCUGCCACAUGCCCAAGUCCUCCGUGCCCAUACACCUCUACGCCAGACUGCGGCUGGCGGACGUGCGCGUGCUGCCCGACGUGUGCGGCCCCCCGCCGCUGCGCGCCCCCGGCCUGGACUCGCUCAGGUCGCGGCGGGGGCUGCGCUACGUGGACGCGGCGCUCACGGCGUGGCCCGCGUUCGUCUACGACAUGUUCGACUACGAGCGCAUGCGGAACAUCAUCAAGGCGUACUUCGACACGCUGAUGCUGGGUGAGGCCGCCGCCCCGAGAGCGCAGGGUGAGCGUGGACAGCGCCGACACUUUGUUUGUGAGCAGUUCUCCCGCGCCCAGAAGUGCGCGCUGUGCUGCGGGUCCUGCGGCGGGGAGGUGGCGCAGCGCGAGCACGUGUUCCCCAUGUCCAGCCACGGCGUGCACUCCAACUACACCAACCCGGGCGGGUACGUGCACGGCGUGGUGACGGUGACGCGCGCGCGCGCCGCGCCCGGCGGCCCGCCCUCCGCCGACUACUCGUGGUUCCCCGGCUACAGCUGGACCGUCGCGCUGUGCCGAGACUGCCGCGCGCACGUGGGCUGGAGGUUCGACGCCAUAAAGAGGAGCCUCCGCCCGCAGCAGUUCUACGGGCUCUGCAGGAACUACGUGCAGCCGCGACACCACGACCAGGACCUCGCCGACUACUGACCGCCCGGCCCGGCGACCAGCCCCGCCCCGGCCCGGCGCUGCCCCCGCACCGCAUGGGGCUCGGGCUCAAAAUCCUAUUUCAUGUAGUAAUUUGGGAAUACGAAAUCGCGAGGAGAAUCCGCGCGAGGUCGCCUCCCACACAAGGCAGUACUCCAACAGCCAGUGUUCUGAAGAGCCUGGUUUACUUAAACUCCACUACUUAAAGUGUUUAAUGCCUUUUGUUCCCUGAUUACUUAGUCAUGACGACAACGGACUUUUUUAAUACUGUAAAGUGACGGCGUGCACACGUGACCCGCCCGGCGCAGCGUGCUGUGCUGUGGCUGGGUGGGGCUGGGCCGCUUGUUGUUAUUAAGAAAACUUUUGUACAUACUGUAUCAAAUCUUGUAUUUAGUAUUUUAUAAAAAACCUGUACUGGAUUAAUCUUGUGUUACAGUAAAUUUUGUAAUUUUUGCGAU